CACGGCUGGUACUAGGAGGGCAGAGGACAGCUUUGGCCAGCAAACAACAGCACAUCAUCGUCAUGAGUGUCGCUAUUCUAGCUGUGUUUGUGUUUGGCGCCUUUGCGUUGGCAACAUCGGCAGACACGCAAGUGGGUCUGGGCGGCAAAGUCCUGGUCUUCCCUUAUGAGACCGAUUUCAGCUACGUGACGCUGAUGCCGCUCAAGGAGAUGGCUCUUAAGGCCUUCACCCUGUGCUUACGCGUGGCCACAGAGCUGCCCGAAGAACGCCAGAUCAUCCUGUUUGCAUACCGCACGGCUGACUACGACGAGCUCAAUGUGUGGCGAGAGAAGGACGGACGCAUUUCCUUUUACAUGAGCGGUGACGGCGCUUUCUUCCACCUCCCUCCGCUGGGAACGUUCCGUACGAGCCUGUGCCUGACAUGGGAGUCUGUCGCCGGACUCACUGCUUUUUGGGUGGACGGGAAGCGCAGCACGUAUCAGGUCUACAAACCCGGACACAGCAUCCGUCCCAAAGGCACCGUCCUCCUGGGCCAGGACCCUGACAAACACCUGGGGGGCUUGGAGGCCCUGCAGAGUUUCGUGGGGGAGCUGACUGAUGUGAAUAUGUGGGACUUUGUCCUCUCCAGGAGCAUGAUCCGGGCCUGGCAUUACGGACACAAGUUCCCUGAAGGCAACAUUUUUCACUGGGCCACUCUUGAGUAUGAGCUUAACGGAAAUGUAAUGGUGGUGGAUGAUGACUGACUCAGUGUGGCAUCCUGUGGAGGGACGCAUGGCGUCUGUGCUGGACUGCUUCUGAUGUGUGCCAUAUUUAAUCUUACCUUACAGUGGAGUUAGUUGAUGAGACCACUGCGCUUGGUUUUGAUAUCAUUUUAAAGAUAAGGCAACAAUUGCAGUCCAGCAGAGGUGCUUGUUUCACUCAGCAGCAGGAUGCAUCCAUAGUAAUAAUACAAUUAUUAAUAAUAUUAUAUAAUUAUAUAUAUAUAUAAUAGUUUUUUCAAUUGUACUUAUUCCUACUAUAAUUGUUUAUUUUAUUUUCACUUCUUUUUACUUGUACUUACAAUGAUAGCUAACAGUGAUACAUGUAUCAAUAUUAUUUGAUCAUAUGUCUUUAUUUAUAUGAAAUUCUUGAAGUAUUCAUAUUGUUAAAUGUUGAAUAUUAAUUUGAAUGUCUACUUAUAAUAUAUACUGUAUGUGUAUAAUAAUAACCAUGAUAAUAAUAAUAAUAAAACAUUUUUACCGCAUACAUGCCCUAUGUAUUCACUGGGUGGCACGCCCAUUCACGUCAAGUAGUAAAUGAUUUAUAGUUAUGAAUAGUUAUAAUUCAUCUAAAUAAUAUUAGUAGAAAUGUAAGAAGACUUAAUUCGAUUUAACCCGGUUGAGCAGAACCACAUGCUCAGUAAGAACCAGUUUGUUGACUGUUGUUGUAAAGGAACUGAUAAAAGUGAUGCUUUUUAAUAUCAAGAACAACAAAUAAAUGCUAAAUGACACGCGUGAUUCAUU